UAAAUCCUUCCACAAAGAAGAAGUCGGUGUUGGCGGAAAGUGGCGACGAGCACCUUGAGGGAAUUAGCGCUCGGUGGUGUGUUUGGUCUUUUUCUGCAUUAACUCGUUGAAUGAUUUAACUUCUACUGCGACCAGCUUGUAGGUAAAUAUCCACGGCGUUGUUGGGAAAGACGACAGAGCAGUAGCUUUUAAAAAGACAAUACCACAACCACGCUUGUCCGCCAAGAGACCAGUGAUCACGUUAGCUAGCCAGCCAGCUAGCUAGCUAGCCAUCCACUUCCACGCUAGCAGUCCCAUUGUGCGCUAACAUGUCUGGAGGAGGCAUUAUUCGCGGACCAGCGGGAAGCAACGACUGUCGCAUCUACGUGGGGAAUCUCCCUCCCGAUAUCCGCUCCAAGGACGUCGAAGACCUGUUCUACAAGUACGGGUCCAUUCGCGACAUUGAUCUUAAAAACCGACGAGGAGGACCGCCGUUUGCCUUCGUGCAGUUCGAGGACGCGAGGGAUGCAGAUGAUGCUGUUUUCGGGCGGGAUGGUUAUGACUACGAUGGAUACCGACUGCGUGUGGAGUUCCCCCGUAGUGGCAGAGGUGGCGCUGCAGGUCCCCCAAGAGGACGAUACGGACCCCCCUCUCGGCGAUCAGAGUACCGGGUCAUCGUGUCAGGUCUCCCCCCUAGCGGAAGCUGGCAGGACCUGAAGGACCACAUGCGAGAGGCGGGCGAUGUCUGUUACGCCGACGUCAACCGAGACGGCAGUGGCGUUGUUGAGUUUGUGCGCAAAGAGGACAUGACCUACGCUGUCCACAAGUUGGACAACAGCAAGUUCCGCUCCCACGAGGGCGAGACGGCGUACAUCCGCGUGAGGAUGGAUGGCCACCGCAGCCCCAGCUACGACCGCUCCCGCAGCCGGAGCCGAAGCAAGAGCCGAUCACGCAGCUUCUCACCUCGCCGCGGCCGGGCCUCGCCGCGCUACUCCCCACGGCGCUCCCGCACUCGCUCCCGUUCCCGCUCUCGUUCCCGCUCCCGCUCUCGUUCCCGUACCUAAAUGCGCCGCCUGGCACCCGUCACAUGGAGAAGCUCCGCCUCUGAGGAAAUCUGACACAUGGCCACAAACGAUCUCAUGUAUUUCCUGUUGACGCUACCUUUUCUGUGUUCCACCUUUGAUGCUCUGUUCCCCCCCCCCCCUCCCCUCCCCACUGUGUGCUGGGUAUCUUUUUUUUGUGUAACCAUUCCUUCUUUUUUUCGCCCCAAGCCAUCUCUUUCUUUCCUGCGCCUUGUGAUGCUGCCCGCUGUCCCUGCGCUAUGCUUUACUUUGACUUCUCCAAAGCAUAUGUUGCUGACCUUCUUGUGUGUCUCUCUGUAGAGUUCAGAGCAGCAGGAUAGGAUGGGAAGAGAGGAAACAGUUCAUAUUAGGAUAAGCAGGAGGAGAAGGAGGAGGAAACAAAUGUGGCACGCAAUGGUAUGAUGGUUGUGCCUUUACAAAAUGUCUGUUGUGAGGCUGUUCAAUGUUUUACACUUACAAUGGCGUACCGCAAUACUCCUUUCUCUUCGGAGACCCAAAGUUUCUGCAUUCAGUUUUUUUCUCUCUCUCUCUCUUUUUCCAGAGGGUGAUGUUUGUAGGUUUAAAUGAACACCCUCUUUAGCUGCAUAAAUUGUAGAUGUUUUUAAGUUCAUGCGAAGGUGUGAUUCUAACUUGCCUCCUUCUCUUUGGUUCUGCUGGUAUUCUUAAGGUUUGGACUGGGCUCAUUGUCACCCCCUACCCAUUCCGGAGCCGGAUCAGGAAUUAGGAUUUAGGCAUCAGGAUGGAUACAUGGAGCAGGAGCGUUGGAACAAUUUUUUUUUCUUCUUUUCUUUUUACCGGGAGAGACUCCCACGUCUAGCCCUGUGCUCAUAAACCGGAAUCUUUGUAGUAGAAAUUGAACUAAUUCGGCUUGACAAAAACAUUUAGCGUUACUUUUUCUAUGGAUCCUCACAUGCAUAACUAGUGGCAGUCUUGUGUUUUUGUUUUUUUUUUUAAUAUAAAUUCAUAUGGAAAGGAAGCGCUUGGAUGAGAACCAGGAAGGCUGGGAGGUGCAGGACGGAGCCAGACGGUAAAGGGAGGGAGGUGGAGGGAGGGUUGUAUCUUCUUAUAGCUGCUUUUUCCUAAAAAAAAAAAAAAAGACCUUUUUUUUUCUCUUACGUAGAGUCUCCAGUGUCAUAAGAG